UUGGGGAACGGAGAGGGUGGGAUUGCCUCCCUCACCAGGAAAGCCUUAAAUGUCAGGCUGAAAGCAGUUCUCCUCUGGAGCAAAAGAAUAGAUCUUGGGCGAGUGAGAAGGAAGGACUUUUUCCUGGAUACAUUAAUGGCUGCCAUCAUCCACCUACUAAAACCCAAUUUCAUUUGAAGAUUUGAAGAAGGACCAGAGCAUAUCAAGAUAUCUUAGUCUCCAAGGAGGUUAGGGAUAGAUACACGUGCUCUUGAUUCCUGACUUGAGAUGGAGAAGGAUUCCCUGAUUCAGCCCAUAGGACAAGAGGGCACCUAUCUCAGAGCAGGAUGGAAAAUGAUUCCUCUCUUCGCCUUAUGUUUGCUUCAAGAUAUUAGUGCUUUGAAAGGUCCAAGACUGGUGGAUGGAGACCCUGGGGGAACAGUUACCAUUGAAUGCCAUUAUACUCCCAGCCCAGUCAACAAGUAUCAGAGGAAAUAUUGGUGCCGUCUGUACCCUCCUCAGAGAGUCUGUCAUACCAUCAUCUCCUCCAACUUCUUCAUCAACCACCUCUACCAGGGCCGAGCGACUCUUGUGGACUUUCCCAGUCAGGGCAGAUUUGUAGUGACCUUGACCCAGUUGAUACCUGAAGACUCGGGAUACUAUCGCUGUGGCAUUGGACCUAGAACAGACAUGCUCUUCUUCAGCAUGAAUCUGACCAUCUCUACAGCCAAUCAUUCUUUAGACUCUGCCAUCAUCACAAUUCCCUCAAGCAUCACCCCCAUGACAACUCUGGCUACCAGAGGUCAGACUAUGGAAACACUUGGUACAUCAACUUCAGUUAUAGGUAGACAUGUCCUUGACACAUCCUUGGUUGUAAAGAAAUGGGAGGCAAGAACUAGCAGAGAAGAUACCACUCCAGCUGAAGUCACCCAAGCAUCAGGAACUACUAGAGCAACAACUACAGUCGCAGAUGGACAGAAUCUUGAUACAACCCUACUUGUAGAGGGAUGGGAGGCAAAAACCAGCAGAAGAGAUACCACUCCAAUUGAAGUCACCCAAGCACCAGGAACUAUUGGAGUAACAACUAUAGUCACAGAUAGACAGGACCUUAACACGACUGUAUUUGCAGAGGGAUAUGAGACAAGAACCAGAAGAGAUGCCUCUUCAGCUGAAGUCACUCAAAUACCAGGAGCCAUUGGAGUAAUGACUACAGUUACAAGUGGACAGGACAUUGACACAACCCUACUUGUAGAGGGAUGGGAGGCAAAAACCAGCAGAAGAGAUACCACUCCAACUGAAAUCACCCAAACACCAGGAACUAUUGGAGUAAUAACUACAGUCACAGGUGGACAGGGCAUUGAUACAACCCUACUUGCAGAGGGAUGGGAGUCAAAAACCAGCAGAAGAGAUACCACUCCAACUGAAAUCACCCAAACACCAGGAACUAUUGGAGUAACAACUACAGUCACAGGUGGACAGGACAUUGAUACAACCCUACUUGCAGAGGGAUGGGAGUCAAAAACCAGAAAAGAUACCACUUCAGCUAAAGUUAUCCAGGUACCAGAAAGCACUGGAGCAACAACCCCAGUUAUAGGUGGACAGGUUCCAAAAACUACUGAAACAAUUUCAUCUCCUUGCAAUCAGGUCAUUGAUACAACCUUGACUAUAAAAGAAUGGGGAACAACAACUUACAGAGGAGACAUAACUCCAAUCAGAGUCACAAAGGCCUCAGGAAUCCCUGGAACAAUCACCUCAGUUGUGAGUAGAAAGGGUACAGGAACUCUUAGAGAAACAACUCCAAUUGCAGGCAUCCAGGAUCGCAACACAAAUCUGGUGGCAAAAGGACAGAAGGCAGAAAUUAGUAGAGGAGAUCCAACUCUGGUAAGCAUCACUCAGCUACCAGCACAAGUUUCAAGCAAAAAUAUACAGCCUCCAGGAAGCGUUAGAGUAACAAUUCCAAAUACUGAUGUCUGGAUUCUGGAAACCGCAAGAGCUGCAGAUUCAAUUCCAGAGGUACAGACUUCAGGAGCCAAAGUAACAUCAAAUAUAAUGGUCUCGAAAACAAGGGCAGAGACAAAAACAAUUGUAGGAACCAUUAGGGAAAGAAGAUCAACUAUCAGAAGCACAAAUAGGCUAACUAGGGGAACUGUGGAUACUAGAACACAUCUGAUUACCACUAGAAACAUCCCAGGAAUCAUCAGACCUUCAACAAUGGUUAGAGACAGUCUUAGAGAAGUAACUCCAGGUAUAUACCGACAGACUCUGAGAACCACAAGGGCUACAGCCUCAGGUGCGGAUAUAAGUCCAUGGUUCUCAGGAACUAUUAGAAAAGGGAAAGCCUCAGCCUUAGGAGGAACAGCUGCUAUUGGUAGAGAAAGUCACUCUGAGGAACCACUGAAAAGAAUACCAGGAGCAACACUCCUGAUUCCUCCCAGCAACAAGCCCUGCAUGGAGAUUUUGUCUCCAGACCAGCAGCGUAUCUCCCAGAUCCUGAUCGCUUUCUCUACUGUGUUGCUUCCAAUUGUUCUCCUGGUUCUUUUGCUACUGUUAAGAAAGCUUCGAAAGAGGAUCUCUCUUUGGACCCAGAAGCCCACGGUUGGACCCAGAAUCCAAUUGACUAACUUUCAAGAUUUCUCUGAGAUGCUGAGCUUGAAAGCACAACCACUUCAGGAAGCCUAAUACUUCUCCACAAUCGUCACCACACAUGGCAAUCAGGGUGGGUAGGGGAAAUCAGUCUUCCUAUCUGUGUUAGUUUGUGCUCCUCAGAGGAAGACCCAGGACCAGUAUUUCUUUCCUAUGGUCAGAGAAGGAGGCCAAAGGAGCUGGAGUUCAACCUAGCGAAGAAAAAGGUGAGGUUGUGAAGACUUAAUUAUUCUUAAAUCUAGGAAGAUGUUAAAAUGAAGGAUGCUCAUUAGUUUUUUUUUUCCUACCACCAAAGAACAAAUGAAGAUUUUAAAUUUCACUGUGAUUCCAGAAGGAACUUUGAAACGAAGAGAAUUACUGAUCCCUGGAAGAGGGUACUAAGGGAGGCCAUUUCAUCUCUAUGCCCAAAGUUUUAACAAUUAUGAUUUCUCCUUCCUUCAAAUCUCCUGAUUACUUUGUAAUUCUCAUGUGGUAUUUUUUAUAUCCAAAUUUAUGCUGUAGCAUUUGUGUGAAUAGUUAGUCUAUCAUUCCCCAAAGACAGAUUGUUAAUCCCCUGAGGAUGUCUAUUUGACCUUUAUAUCUGCCAUAGUGCCCAGAUAUACAGUAAAUACUCAAUAAAUACAUUAUCUUGAUCAAUCUUGUGUGGGAUGAAGUUAUUUCUGUUUAUUCUAACCUUCACUGAUUUCCCCCUUUUCUCAACUCCUCCAAAAAUGUGGAAUGAAAUUAUCUCUGAAUAUUCUAA